AUGAAUGCGCUAUUCAAUCCGUUGAGAGCUGCUGUCUCGUUACAAAAGAGACGCUUUGUAGACGAAGCCGAUGGCUUCAAUCUUGAUCUGACAUAUAUAACGGACAAUGUCAUUGCUAUGGGAGCUCCAGCCGAGAGAAUGGAUGCCCUGUAUCGCAAUCCCAUUGGUGAAGUCAGAAGAUUCUUGGACUUGAAACAUGCAAAUCGAUACAAGAUAUACAAUCUAUGCUCUGAACAAUGCUAUCCGUCGUCUCGGUUUCCAUCUGCUCCUAUCGCACACUACCCCUUUGACGAUCACAAUCCACCACCGAUUGAGAUCUUUCAGCCGUUUGUUAAUGAUGUGAGGACAUGGUUGUCGGUUCAUGAAAAGAAUGUCGCGGUGGUGCAUUGUAAAGCUGGCAAAGGUCGAACGGGUGUUAUGGUCUGUGCAUACUUACUCUCUAUUGGGCUGGCAAAGAAUGCGGAAGAAGCUAUAAGGUUUUAUGGAGCUGCUAGGACGAGGAAUCAGAAGGGAGUCACAAUACCUUCACAAGUCCGAUAUGUACAUUAUUGUGAUGCCUUGAUACGUAAUGGCUGGAAGUAUGCUACCAAGACACUCUUCCUCAAAUCCAUUGUGUUGCACACCAUACCUCAUUUCUCCAGUAUGCAUCCACAUCCCUUGACUAUGAUUACUAUCAGGCAUACCGUAGUGUAUACUUUGAACUCGAGCACUCGUGUCUCCAAAACACCAGGCUCCAUCCGAAUCACUCCAGGCAGUGUAAUCCCUCUAUGCGGUGACGUCAAGAUAGAAUUCUUCCACUGUGAUACACUUCGAACCAUCAAAAUGUGCCGAGUCUGGUUCAACACGGCCUUCAUCCCUCCCGCAGAUAGCAAACAAGAACCCAACAUGCAUCGUCUAGUACUACGCAAGUGGGAAGUAGAUGGUGCACAUAAAGACAAGUACUCGAAACGAUUUGAUGAUACGUUUGCUGUCGAGAUUGAAUUGCUGGAUUUGGAGAAUAGUGAUGAGGUUGAAGAGGUAGUUGAUGAGGAUCAAGAAGCUGUCGUGCCGGUAAUGGAUCGACCGACAACACCAGCGUCAUCUACUGGUGUUACUCGUAGUACGUCUCGUAAAUCGACGUUGCUUGAUGCUAUUGAACUGAGACGAUUGUCUCGAGUCACAUCUGUAGAACCGAUAAUAGCACCAGUAGCUGAAGAAGCAGAAGACGAAGAGGUCGUCAGCAAGAACUUGGUAGUAGUAGAUUCGGAUGCCAUAGUACAAGCCAACGCUGAAUUUGACCAGCAGCUUGACUCUGAUAUCGAGUCUGAAGGGUAA